AUGCGCGAGAUAUCAAGUUUAACCGAGCUGGUCAAGAUACUGGACAAGACGUUCCUCGAGGCCGAAAACUCGCAGGGGCAGCACGACUCGAGCCGCCCGGCCAACCCCGCCCCCGCCGCAAAUCGCCAGAACAUCGCCUCGCUCGACAAGGACACCAUCCGGCUGGGCAAGUACCUCCUCGUCAAGCACCUCCUCGUCAAGUACCUCCUCGUCAAGUACCUCCUCAUCCACCGCUUCCUCAACUCUACCCAGGGGCCCGACCCUCUCGACGCCGACAACGUGACCCGCUGCAACCAGUUGCAGGCAAGGCGCAAGGCUGCUGCAGCAGAUGCGGGUCUCUUACACUUAGAACUUUGGGUUGGAGCUGUAGUAGCCGGCGAGCUGCAGGGCGAUGAAGACGUCGUCCUUCAUGCCCCCCACCUUCCCGCUCAGCGCGAGCUGGUCCUUGUUGAAGACCGUCACCGCGCCCUUGACCUGGUAGGAGUAGGUCUCCAGCUGCUCCCGGAGCCUGCGCUUCAUCCCGCGGGGUUCACGGCUCACAAAGUCCUCCCACAGGUGGACGCGCCGGUCCCGCAGCAUCGCGUUGAGCAUCGUGCACAUGGCGUGCUUGAUCUCCAGCGUCGUCACCACGCCGUACCGCUGCGCCCGGUGGUCGACGCGGAAGCGGACGUUGCGCAGGCCGUUGAAGUGCUGAUGGUGGUACUCCGCCUCGAAGCCCCAGGAAACGAUCAAAACCAGCCAGGCUUAUGA